AUGACGAAGUACUCCUGCACCCACGACGAGUGGAUCCUCGCCUGUCCUGUCAACGCCGCUUGUGCUACCAUUGAGUAUUGCCUGGUCAAAUGCAUCGCAAAUGAGCGAGGUGCUGAGUGCUCGCCCGGUGCACCCGAGAAGCGUGACGUCGAUUCCGAUGUUCAUAUCGAGGACAAGAAGACCUACGAGUGCGCCAAGGAUCGCACUGGUGUCUUGGUCUGCCAGUAUGGCUUCUGCCAAACCGACCACUACUGCAAGAGGGGCUGGAAGUGUCGCGACAAGUGCAACUGCUGCAAGAAGCCCAACAUGUUCGACCGAGACGUCGACGACGCCGACAUCACUGAGGCACCUCCACGGUCCAAGGACGCAUCUGGCAAUGUAAGCACUCUCCUGCAUUCUCACUGA